CCGAUGAGCCCCAGGCCUAGCUGGUGACAAAUCCAUACAUGCCGGAUUCCCAUCAAAGCCGGCUCUCCUCCAAGCUUGCUGGGAUGAAAAAAUAGCUACAGAUUCCCUUGGGAUUCACCCUCAAGAGAGCAGUGCACAUAGUUUGAAACAGAGCCUAAUGGACAGGUGUGCACCUUAGGGAAGCAGCUACCAGGGGACAAGAAGCUGUCACCAGCCCCCAAGGGAGUCCUGGCAGCAUGGACGACGACGAUAUUGACCCUCUUGAGUACGAGACCAAAGAUGAAACCGAAGCUUCCUUGGCACCUCAGAGCAGCGAGGACACCCUCUACUGUGAGGCUGAAGCCACUCCAAGUGUUGAGAAAGAGAAACCUACCCGGGAGGAUUCGGAGACAGACCUGGAAAUUGAAGACACAGAGAAAUUCUUCAGCAUCGGACAGAAGGAGCUGUACUUGGAGGCCUGCAAACUGCUGGGUGUGGUCCCUGUCUCCUACUUCAUCCGGAACAUGGAGGAGUCCUGCAUGAACCUCAACCACCAUGGUCUGGGCCCCAUGGGUAUCAAAGCCAUUGCUAUAACUCUGGUGUCCAACACCACAGUCCUCAAACUGGAGCUGGAAGACAACUCCAUCCAGGAGGAGGGCAUCCUGAGUCUGAUGGAGAUGCUGCAUGAGAACUACUACCUACAGGAGCUAAAUGUGUCUGACAAUAACCUUGGUUUGGAAGGAGCCAGGAUCAUCUCGGACUUCCUCCAGGAGAAUAACUCAUCGCUCUGGAAACUGAAACUCUCAGGAAACAAAUUCAAGGAAGAAUGUGCCUUACUUUUAUGCCAAGCCUUGUCGUCCAAUUACCGAAUCAGGUCACUGAAUCUCAGCCACAACGAGUUCUCUGACACUGCAGGGGAGUACCUGGGCCAGAUGCUGGCCCUCAACGUAGGGCUCCAGUCACUGAACCUGAGCUGGAAUCAUUUCAAUGUUCGUGGAGCUGUGGCCCUGUGUAAUGGUCUCCGGACUAACGUGACCCUGAAGAAACUGGACGUAUCCAUGAAUGGCUUUGGGAAUGAUGGUGCCUUGGCCCUGGGAGAUACCCUCAAGCUCAACAGCUGUCUGGUCUACGUGGAUGUCAGUAGAAACGGCAUCACCAAUGAGGGGGCCUCCAGGAUCAGCAAGGGCCUAGAAAAUAAUGAGUGUCUCCAAGUGCUGAAGCUUUUCCUGAACCCUGUGAGCUUGGAGGGGGCAUAUUCCCUUAUCUUGGCGAUCAAGAGGAACCCCAAAUCCAGGAUGGAAGACCUUGACAUUUCUAACGUACUGGUUUCAGAGCAGUUCGUCAAAGUCUUGGAUGGAGUCUGUGCCAUUCACCCUCAGUUAGAUGUGGUAUACAAGGGAUUGCAGGGUCUCUCCACCAAGAAAAACGUCUCCCUGGAGACCAACCCCAUAAAGCUGAUCCAGAACUAUACAGACCAAAACAAGAUCCCAUUAGUGGAGUUCUUCAAGAGCUUGAAUCCUUCUGGAUUAAUGACCAUGCCUGUGGGAGACUUCCGGAAAGCCAUAAUCCAGCAAACCAAUAUUCCCAUCAACCGGUACCAGGCGAGGGAGCUGAUAAAGAAGCUGGAAGAAAAGAAUGGUAUGGUGAACUUCAGUGGUUUUAAAAGCCUGAAAGUCACAGCAGCUGGUCAGCCCUGAAGAGAAGUGCCAAUAAAAGAAGUCCUGGCAAGUCGUGUGGCUAUGAGGAGACUAAACCAAAGGCCAGAUGGAAAGAUGCCAUGACCAGAGCUAAGUGUGAGCAAAUAAAAUCUGGCUUGAUUCUGG